AUGAGACUUGAGGAGAAUAAGGUUGAUCAAUGCAUAUACCUCAAGGUCAGUGGGAGCAAAUUUAUCUUCCUUCUGCUAUAUGUGGAUGAUAUAUUAUUGGCUUUUAAUAACCUUGGCAUGUUGCAUGAGACAAAGGAUAUGGCAACAAGAUCUUUUGACAUGAAGGAUCUUGGGAAACCUUUGGAAAGCUUAACAUUCUUCAUUCUCCCUUCAAAAUUUCGUGAGUUUCAUCAAGAGCAAUUCUUCGGGCAUAACACCAAUGAGAGGCCAACUAGAUCUAACUUCUCUCAGGUUACGACCAUCGUGGUCUACGAGGAUGUGGGAGAUUUCAGCGACAAUGAGGAUCUCAUGCCAUCUGAGAUCACUUUCUACCGAGAUGUCUGCGGUGAAGAGAUAUUUGAGGGAAAAAUGGUUUCGUCUGACGAGAAGACUAAGGAGUAUAUGCUUGUGUAUAGGAGAGUUGACAACUUGGAGGUUGUGAGGAAUCUUAUGACAGGACUUCGCAUUGUGGACUUUAUUGCUAGCCCACUGAAAAUUUUUUGUGAUAACUAUGUUGCUCCAUUUUAUACAAAGUGUAAUAAGACUUCUAGAGGAUCUAAGCACUUGGAGUUGAAGUAUCUGACUGUUAGAGAUCUUGUGAAAGAUGGUUCGAUAGUGGUAGAUCAUGUGGACACAAAUUCAAUGUUGGUUGAUCCCUUGACCAAGGGAUUAAGGCUUGUUGUUUUCAAAUGA